GGUUACUCCUGUGUGUCACCUCGGUCAAAACCACAGUUAUGUCUUGUUUUAAAUUCAUGAGUUACAGCUGCCUGUUGAAAUUCCUAUUCACUCUUUCUUUAUUAGCACUGUUUGCUUUAUUUCAACGGGAAAUAACACAUUUUCCAUUAUCACCUCUUCAAAGGUACAACAACAUUAUAAGACACGAAGAUCUGGAUGAACUUACUUCAGAAGCAGAAUGGAUCUACAACCCCAUGCCUAAUAUCACCUAUCAGCAAAAGGCAUGCUCCUGUCCGAAGGGAACCUUAAAUUUGAGCAGUUUCUUGAACCCAGAUGAGCUGGAUGUCAUUAUUAGACAGAGAGCUGAGCAGUACAAAAGCUAUCAGACCAGGAAAAAGUCAAUGCUAAACCAGUUUCUGUUGGCUCCACCAAACUCCCCUCUGCAAUAUCCAAUCCAAGGAUUUGUUGUCAGUCCUCUCAAAAAGAGUGUCAUUCCAGGUUUAAGUGUAAAUUCUGUACAAAAACAAAAUUACCAGGUGACACUGAGUGUGAGCAGUGGGGUCCUGGCAGUGGAAAGUCUUCAGGAAAAGGGCAAAGUGAAGGGGCAGGGUGAGAAGGCGCUCUCCAUUUCUGCCUCCAGCCUGCAGUCUCUCAAUGACCUGCUGGGUCGGGUCUCCUACAGAAGCACUGUGUACAGCAUCAAGUCUGGAGAUCUGGUACACUUCACGUUUGGGCAGUACAAGGCCAUCUUCCCUGUUGUGAUCCAGCAGCCGACAGUACCAGUUCUGUACGCCUUCGGGGAGGAUAUCCAGUCGCAAGUAACCAUCACAACAAAGACCUUCCUGAGGUACCCUGAACUGAACCAUCUCAUCAGAAGUAUUAGAAAGUUUUACAAAAACAUCACAAUCAUCAUUGCGGAUGACAGCUUCAACCCACAGAAAGUGAACGGCACCAACAUUGAGCAGUACUUCAUGCCACCUGCCCAGGGUUGGUUUGCUGGAAGGAACCUUGUCAUUUCUCAGGUCACCACAAAGUACUUUCUGUGGGUGGAUGACGACUUUGAGUUCACAGACAAAACCAAGAUUGAGAAAUUUGUAGAAAUCAUGGAGUCUAUGCCUGAACUGGAUGUGGUGGGUGGUUCAGUACGCUCAACCACGUUUUCUCACAUGUUGGUCCUCGAGGAUGGAGAUGAGGAAGGUGGCUGUUUGCGUAAAGUGAAAGGGACCUACCAGCCAAUUCCAGGAUUCCCAGAUUGCUUCUUCACUUCUGUGGUGAUCAACUUCUUCCUGGCUCGGACUGACGCGGUGCGGAAGGUGGGCUUCGACCCACUGCUGAAAAGAGUGGGUCACUCAGACUUCUUCAUCGAUGGACUGGGACAGCUGCUUGUGGCAAGUUGUCCCAUAAUCUCCACCGGCCACCAGUUUAAACGAGGGCAGAUGCAACAUCCCCAAUAUCACAAAUACCGAUAUCCACCCAAGAGUGAGACCACCAAGAAAAUGUACCUCCACUUUGUCAAGAAUCACCUGAAAUGCAUCAAGUACUGAAAAUCUGCAGAAAUGAUAUAUUUAGGACCUACACUCAAUGAGCACUUUAUUAGGUAUUUAUUCGGACUUAUGGGUCGUAUGCUGCUGUAGCCUAUGCCAGAGGUUUGACACAUUGUAUGUUUAGAGGUGCUCUUCUGCAUACCACUGUUACAAUGCGUUACUGUCACCUUCCUGUCAGCUUUCACCAGUCUGGCCAUUCUCCACUGACCUCUCUCAUUAACAAGGUGUUUUUGCCUGCAGAAAAAAAGAAUGCUGUUCACUGGAUGCCUUUUUUUCUGCAAACUCUAGAUAAUGUGUGUGAAAAUCCCAGGAAAUCAGCAGUUUCGGAGAUACUCAAACCACCCUGUCUGGCACCAACAAUCAUUCCAUGGUCAAAGUUACUUAGAUCAGAUUUAUUCGCCAUUCUGAUGGUUGAUCUGAACAUUAACUGAAGCUCCUGACCCAUAUCUACAUGAUUGUAUCAUUGCACUGUUGCCACACAUUUGGCUAUUUAUAUAAUCACAUGAAUUAGUAGGUGUAAUUAAGUAAAAAUGUUCCUUAUAAAGUGCUUGGUGAGUGUAGAAACCACAGAACAUAUUUUUUUCCGCUUGUGACCGUAUAAAAUUCAAUGUAGUAAAUGGGAACAGCUAUUUGGAAUAGCUAUUUGGAAGAAAAUGUAAAAGUUUUUUUCUCUUUGCUUUUACUUUAUGUUUGUAUUUUUCUUUAUUUUUCUUGUGUAUGUUUGUUGUCUUACCCCCAACUGAAAAGAUGAGCGGUCAUAUUUUGUUUGUUUUUCUCAGUUGAACAUAGGCAGCUUACAUCGCAAUAUUUAAUCUGUCCGGGACGUUCCUUGAUCGAUACCAUAUGAUGUCAUCUCUCAUUGGCCAAAAUAAUCUGUUGGGGCCACCGGAGCUCAUUGUGUUGAUGAGAGCAUGUUCUGCAUCAAUAUCAAUGAUUUUCUUGGAUUUGCAAGUUUUCUAUAGGGACAUGACUGGUGAGGUAAAGCAUCUAGUCAUUUCCACCACAUCCUGGCAUUACCAUCACAGCCAAAUUUGUGUUGGGAAUGCCUGUUGUGGGAAUGACAAAUGUAUAGUAUUUGGCUAAUAAUGUCAAGGUACUCGUGCCGCCACCUGGGACGACUGUAGAGGGCAGGUGUCAUUUGUUUUUGGAGAAAAAAGCCAUUGCUUGUUUUUAGUUGGGAAAAUAUGAAUUUCCUUGUCUUUUGUCUUUUGCUUUUUGUUGUUUUGGCUAAAUAUGAUCAAAUAAACCAUUCAAAUAAU